UUCCCCCGCUCCCCCGCACGGCACCCGCGGCCGGGGAGAUGGCGUAACAUCGGCACCACGCAUACAUCCCAUAUGCUGGGUCGUUGUGGAAGUACUCACAAACACGAUCAUCCCGCCAUUUCAACUCUGUGGCGGCUGGCGACGUGAUGAACGGCUUCGUCCGAACGCUAUCCUUGAUAGUGCUGUCGUCAGUCAUUCUGAAUGAGGGGCUAUCGAGCAAGAUUAGCUGGAUGGCGCCUUCGGGAAUCGAGCCAAUGACUUACGUGACUGAAACGUCAUAUCUGCCGCUGAGUGUUCCUAGGAGGGCUGGCAAUUUCCACCCAACUACCCGGGUAGAGGGCGCGGAAGGCUUGGGUCGACAGGACGAGUGUGGUCCACGUGACGCCCGAACCGUUUCAGAGCACGCUGGGCGGGAUGGGAACUGCUGUGAAGUUUCUGUCUGUGGCACACUCGGAAAGACCGCUCUCAAAUCGGCCGCUAUACUCCGAGGUGGGGAGCUAGAACCGAAGCGUCACUUGCCUCCGUCCGACGGCGGUGGUGCGACAAAUGACGCAAGAGAUCGUUCCGCCACGUUACUGUUCGCGGAGGGCUCCUCUGUGCGUGCUGAGCGAUCGAAGGGCCCGCGUUCGUUGGAGAACCACAUGGGUGCAGGGUUAAAGUCUGCAAACGCGGAGGACACCACCAGCACACAGUAUGUGUCGGAGUGCCUCUUGCCUACUCCCCGGGGGAAAUUUCGGCUGAGAUCGUACAGGCACGAAGGACACGGUCGGUCGAUGGAGCCAGUGGUCAUGGUGGCGGGAGACCUUCAGGACUUGGAAGGGGUGCCCGUCCGAGUUCAUGACCAAUGUCUGACGUCUGAGGUGCUGGGUUCACUUCGAUGCGACUGCAAGGAACAACUCGAGCUUGCACUGGACUAUAUUUCGGAGCAUGGUGGUUGCGUGAUCUACAUGCAACAGGAGGGUAGGGGCAUCGGCCUCGCCAACAAGGUUGCGGCGUAUGCCCUUCAGGACGGCGGCUUGGAUACUGUGGACGCUAACCGACACCUCGGGUUCGACGAUGAUCUACGCUCGUAUGAGGCCGUCGAGCACAUUCUGGCCGACAUGGGUAUCAAGAGCAUCAAGUUGAUGACGAACAAUCCUUUCAAGCUCAAGUGCCUGAAAUCGAUGGGAAUCAAGGUUCUCAGCCGCAUCCCCAUGCUGGUCCCUCCUAAUGUGCACAGCCUAGCAUACCUUCGGGCAAAGGCGCACCGCAUGAGCCACGUUCUUCAUCAACUGGAUGACGUUGAGAUUCUGAGUGAAUCGCCGUCGGGUGGCGCCACCGCGCCGGUGGCUCUUCCGCUGAACGAGGUUGGGGCGAUUCGGGGUGGGGAAAGCACGAGGGGAAGCGAGGAGGCGGAGCCGGACGAGGAAGGGUACGCCUUUGGACGGGACUCAGUCCUGGCAGCCAUUGAGGCUGUGAGGUCAGGGAAAUGCGUUGUUGUAACGGAUGAUGAAGGGAGGGAGAACGAGGGCGAUCUCGUGUUCGCAGCGGAAAAGGCCACUGAAGAUUUGCUGGCUUUCACAAUACGUCACACCAGCGGUGUUAUUUGUGCCUCGCUUGGAGCCAGGCGGCUUCAGGAAUUGCGUUUGCCUCAGAUGGUGGAAAACAAUGAAGACCCUAAAAUGACGGCCUUCGCGAUUACGGUUGACGCCAAAUUUGGCACGAGCACUGGAAUCAGCGCAGGCGACCGGGCCACCACACUCCGUGCAUUGGCCGAUCCGGAGGCUGGACCACAAGACUUCAACCGGCCAGGUCAUAUCUUUCCCCUCCGAUACACGCCUGGAGGCGUACUUGAGCGGGGGGGGCACACAGAGGCGGCUGUUGACCUGGCAACCCUAGCGGGCUUAUCACCGGUUGGCGUGCUAUGUGAGAUCACAACCAAGGAUGGGAAAGACAUGGCAAGGGUGCCUGAACUCAAAGAAUUCUGCGCAGAACACGGGCUAGUCCUCACCUCUAUCCAAGACAUGCGUUGCUUGAUACGAGAAAGACAACGAGCUGCUCGUGCCGGCGAGGACCCUGCACCCUACAUUGUGCGGUAGCCACGGGCAAUCAAUUUUUUUGGGUAAAAGCCCUGUACCUGUGGAAGUUGAAGUGUCGCGCCGUAGUGCGCGCCCAGUACCCUUGUCGUAGAGACAUCUGGAGAGGGAUGAUUUUUUACAUAGAGGUGGUAGCAACAUUUAGAACGUCCUACACGCUGAUUGUUUUGCUUCCACGAUUUUCCGAUGUUUCGGAAUGUGUAAGAAGAAGCACUUGGAGUAGGACGCGAGUUAUCAAACACCCCGUGACGAACUAGCGUUGGAAAUUUGUAACAAUAGACGCAAAACGAGUACCUGUGAUGUGAGUUGUGAUACUGAAGCCUCACUCCUAAGGAGAAACAGGUCGUGCUCCCGCUAUCCAUGUGGAUUCAUUGCUAAUUUGUCCCGGACUCUUCAUCUGUGGAUAUACAAUGUAGUAGAUGGAUUCGUUGUACUUCCACGUACUUCGUGAAUGUGUGUUUAUCGUUAGGAUCGACCGCGCUAACCGGCUGAUCAAUGAAAAGACGUCAGUCUCAGUGCGGUUGAAAACACCCAACACUUCUAAAAGCCGUGCACUUGGACCAUGUGAGCGGGGUCCAUGGGGGGUGGGUGGGUGUGUGCGUCCUAUGAAUUCUGGUACCGGCGUACAGGCCUUUCGGUGUAUAUAUACCUUACGUAUCAGCCGGGGUCACACAAGAAGGCCACACAGGAAGGAGCCUUUUCUCUUGUUUCGUUUUGAUACAUGAAUUCCCCACCUCCCCCCCUGCGGCGCUUGCCUUAAUUUUAUUUUUUCAUCGCGAGAAGGGUUCAGAUAACCCUCCCCUUCAUGAAUUAAGACAAAAAUAGUGUUGCGAUAGCAGUGGUGCUAUGCAUGAACAAGAAAAAACCUGGUUUGGGUGUGUUGAUCAUGUGUCUCCGUUCGUGCGCAGGUUUAACCGGCAGUUAUUUUUCUCGUUGAAGCACUGAUGACGAAGAACUACUA